AUGAAGAUCCUGGCCUACGGCCUGGUCAUGCACCCUAGCGCCUACAUCCGCAGCGGCUGGAACCUUCUGGACUUCAUCAUCGUCAUCGUUGGGUUUGUCUCUCAUAUGUCCAGUGGCCUGGACGUCAAAGCUCUCAGAGCCUUCAGGGUUCUCAGGCCUCUGCGCCUGGUCUCUGGUGUACCCAGUCUACAGAUUGUGUUGAACUCCAUUAUGAAGGCUAUGGUUCCACUCUUCCACAUUGGUCUCCUGGUCAUGUUCGUCAUUAUCAUUUAUGCCAUCAUUGGCUUGGAGCUCUUCAUAGGCCGGAUGCACAAAACAUGCUACUAUGUCGGGACAAACCUGUUCGUGGAGGACGACCCAACGCCGUGCGCGUUCGCAGGGAGCGGCCGCGUGUGUGUGGGCAACGGCACGGCGUGCAGAGGCGGCUGGGAAGGCCCCAAUGGCGGCAUCACCAACUUCGACAACAUCUUCUUUGCCAUGCUUACUGUCUUCCAGUGCAUCACCAUGGAGGGGUGGACAGAAGUGUUGUACUGGAUGAACGAUGCCAUCGGCUAUGAGCUGCCCUGGAUUUACUUCGUGUCUCUGGUCAUAUUUGGCUCCUUCUUUGUACUAAACCUCGUAUUGGGUGUGUUGAGUGGUGAGUUCUCUAAGGAGAGAGAAAAGGCUGUGUGUCGGGGUGAACUCCAGAAGGCUCAGGAGAAACAACAGAUGGAGGAGGACAUGGUGGGUUAUAUGGAUUGGCUCAUUGAGGCCGAGGUCAUGGAUGAAGAUGGCAAUAAACGUGCUGUGGUGGCAAAGAAAAAGAUGAUGAAGAAAUAUGGCUGGUAUAAGCACAGUGAAGACGGAGAAUCAGACUCAGACUCGGAAUUUGAAGCUUUUCUGGAUGACGACAAUGGCUGCUGCGACACGAUACAGGCCAAGCUGAUGACCAUAAGUUUCUGCGAGCAGCUGUACCACCUGAACCUGGUCGUCAGGAAGAACUGCCGAGUGGCUGUGAAGUCCACCAACUUUUACUGGCUGGUGCUGCUGCUCGUCUUCCUCAACACGGCGGCAAGCGCCUCCGAGCAUGACGGCCAACCACAGUGGCUCACGGACAUCCAGGAGCGAGCCAACAAGGUUCUGCUGGCCUUGUUCACCCUGGAGAUGCUGAUGAAGAUGUACAGCUUCGGCUUCCAAAUCUACUUCGUAGCCCUGUUCAACCGCUUCGAUUGCUUUGUGGUGUGCAGCGGCAUCCUGGAGACCGUGCUGGUGGAGCUGGACGUGAUCCCACCCAUCGGCAUCUCCGUGCUGCGCUGUGUUCGCUUGCUCCGCAUCUUCAAAGUCACCCGACACUGGGCUGCUUUGUCUGAUCUGGUUGGCUCUCUGCUGAACUCGAUGAAGGCCAUUUGCUCGCUGCUGCUGCUGCUCUUCCUCUUCCUCAUCAUCUUCGCCCUGCUGGGCAUGCAGCUGUUUGGUGGCAAGUUCAACUUCGACGACACGCAGAUGAAGAGGAGCACCUUCGACACCUUCCCCUCUGCCCUGCUCACCUGCUUCCAGAUUCUGACAGGAGAGGACUGGAACUCAGUCAUGUAUGACGGCAUUAUGGCAUACGGUGGGCCUGUUUUCCCCAACAUGAUCGUCUGCAUCUACUUUGUUAUUCUCUUUGUCUGUGGUAACUACAUCCUGCUGAAUGUCUUCUUGGCUAUUGCCGUGGACAACUUGGCAGGAAAUGGCAAGAAGAAAAAAGAAGAGGUCCAAGAGGAAGAGGAGUGGCAAGAUGACAACAGGGAGGAUGAAGAUAAUGGAAAUGAUUCUGAUGACUGGGAAGAAAAUGAAGAGUUGAGAGCUAUUGACGGACUUGAAGGUGCCAGGCCAAUAAAAGUGGAAAGUUUUAAACCCAAGGAGAAAAUUGUCCCUAUUCCUGAUGGCAGCUCCUUCUUCAUCCUUGGAAAGAAAAACUGUCUCCGGGUCGCCUUUCAUAACCUCAUUUAUAAUCCUUAUUUCACCAACUUCAUCCUCCUCUUCAUCGUCCUCAGUAGUUUUUCCCUGGCUGCUGAAGACCCCAUCAAAACUCAUUCGGUCCGGAAUGUUAUGCUGAGCUAUGCGGACUAUGUCUUCACCACUGUCUUCACCAUCGAGAUCAUGCUGAAGAUGACUGUUUACGGAGCAUUUCUUCAUCAAGGCUCCUUCUGCAGAAACGCCUUCAACCUCCUGGAUCUGCUGGUCGUCAGUGUGUCUCUCACCUCCUUUUUUCUGAAUUCAAGUGCCAUCUCCGUUGUGAAGAUUCUAAGGGUGCUGCGUGUGCUCAGACCCCUGCGAGCCAUCAACCGAGCAAAAGGACUCAAGAGUGUGAUCCAGUGCGUUUUUGUGGCCAUCCGCACCAUCGGCAACAUCCUCAUUGUCACCACACUGCUGCAGUUCAUGUUCGCUUGCAUCGGGGUGCAGCUCUUUAAGGGCUGUUUCUACAGGUGCACCGACGAGGCCAAGCACACACCGGAAGAGUGCAAGGGCACGUUCGUGGUGUAUAAGGAUGGAGAUAUGAACCAUCCCAUAGUGAAGGAGAGGAUGUGGGUGAACAGCGAUUUUAACUUCGACAACGUGCUGAUGGGUAUGCUGGCACUCUUCACCGUCUCCACGUUUGAAGGCUGGCCACAAAUUUUGUAUAAAGCCAUCGAUGCCAACGCUCAGAACAGAGGCCCUAUCUACAACCACCGCGUAGAGAUCUCCAUCUUCUUCAUUGUCUACAUCAUCAUCAUCGCCUUCUUCAUGAUGAACAUCUUUGUAGGUUUCGUCAUCAUCACGUUCCGCGAGCAAGGGGAGGCUGAGUUCAAAAACUGCGAGCUGAACAAAAACCAAAGACAGUGCGUCUAUUAUGCCCUGAAAGCUCAGCCUAUAAAGAUCUACAUACCCAAAAACCCAUCACAGUUGAAGUUCUGGAAGAUUGUCAACUCCUCCCAGUUUGAAUACAUCAUGUUUGUUCUCAUUCUGAUGAACACACUAACACUGGCUGUACAGCACCAUGAGCAGUCCAAGCUCUUUAACUUUGUCAUGGACAUUCUGAACAUGCUCUUCACCAUGCUCUUCACCAUUGAGAUGAUCAUCAAGCUGUUCGCUUUGCGGCCAUACCACUAUUUUAUAGAUGCCUGGAAUUCUUUUGAUGCUUUGAUAGUUGUUGGGAGUUUGGUUGACAUUAUGAUCGCAGAGUUUAGUGGUGGAGGAAACCAUGGAGAGGGGAAGGGGGAUGGAGAGAACGCCAAAGUGUCCAUCACCUUCUUCCGCCUCUUCCGAGUCAUGCGAUUGGUCAAGCUGCUCAGUAAGGGGGAGGGCAUUCGGACUCUUCUCUGGACCUUUGUUAAGUCCUUACAGGCCUUGCCGUAUGUUGGUCUUCUUAUCGCUAUGAUCUUUUUCAUCUACGGUGUCAUCGGGAUGCAGACGUUUGGGAAGGUUGCUAUAGAUGACAGCACGGAGCUCAAUCACAACAACAACUUUCAGACCUUCUUCAUGGCAGUAUUGCUGCUCUUCAGAUGUGCCACAGGAGAGCAGUGGCAGGAGAUCAUGUUAGCAGCGUUGCCAGGGCGACGGUGUGACCCUGACUCAGACUUUGAGCCAGGAGAGGAGUACAGCUGCGGCAGCAACCUGGCCUACCUCUACUUCAUCAGCUUUUUUGCUCUCUGUGCCUUCCUGAUAAUUAACUUGUUCAUUGCUGUCAUCAUGGACAACUUUGAGUACCUGACCAGAGACUGGACAGUGCUGGGCACUCACCAUCUCGACGAGUUUAAGAGAGUUUGGUCCGAUUAUGACCCUGAAGCCACAGGAAGAAUCAAGCACCUGGAUGUGGUGACUAUGUUACGCAGAAUUCAGCCACCUUUGGGUUUCGGCAAACUCUGUCCUCACCGGGUAGCCUGUAGGAGGCUGGUCGCUAUGAACAUGCCCCUCCAUGCCGACGGGACGGUGUCCUUCAACGCUACCUUGUUUGCUCUCGUCAGGUCUUCGCUAAAGAUUAAAACUGAAGGACCAAUUGAUCAAGAAAAUGAAGAGCUGAGAGCCAUUAUUAAGAAGAUCUGGAAGCGCACCAAAUCUAAGAUCUUAGAUGAGGUUAUACCACCUCCUGCAGGAAAUGAGGUGAUGGCAGGAAAGUUCUAUGCCAGUUUCCUUAUCCAGGAUUACUUCAAGAAGUACCGUAAGAGGAAGUCGAAAGAGAAGAAGAAGAAGAGCAAGGAUAAGUCAGCUUCUCUUCAGGCCGGGCUGCGGACUCUGCAGGACCUGGCCCCGGAGGUGCGGCUCGCCAUGGUAAUGGUGGAGGGCCAUGAAGAGGAAUUCGAGGGUGACAUCUUUGAGGAGGAAGAGUUCUUCAGGCGCGACAGCGUCUUCGACGAUGGCCUCCCAGCCUUGUCCAGCCCUAGUGGCACGCCCCUACCCUUGCACGAAGUUUCCGUGAGCAUUGAGUCCCUGCCCGGGGCCCCCAGCGGGAGUCUGCUGGAAGAGGCCCUGGAGGGUGUCCCACCUCCCUCACCCCUCCCACACAAUGGAGUUGUGGUGGAGCAGCCUAACAGGCUGUCUUCCCUGCCCGGAAGGUGGGCCGCCAGUCAGUCCAAACUCGCCACUCUGAGGGCACUCAAAUCCAGACCAAGGUCAUCCAGCACUCAGACGCCACGGAACCAGCACGGAGGUGGAGACAGUGGAUGGGUGCGGAUGGGAGGAGGAGGUGCAGGAGGAGGAGGUGCAGGAGCAGGAGGAGGAGGUGCAGGAGCAGGAGGAGGAGAGGCAGGAGCAGGAGGAGGAGGUGCAGGAGCAAAGCCAACGAAUAUGGCAGAAUUGGAUCCAGCCAUCAAAAAUGAGCCAUCAUGUGACAGAGACUUACAUCUAGAACCUUCUCCCCCUGGACAAACUGCUCCCUCUACGGUCCCCAGUUGCACUAGUGGGGACGUAGCUCAAGCACAGCCACGUAAUCUUAACAGCAGUGUUUACCAAAGCAGCUCCCACUUUGCCUACAGUGGGAAUGCAUACCUUGCAAAUGGCUACAAUGGGAACAGUUAUCAAAGCAACAGUUACUUUGAGAAUGGUUACUGUAGCAAUGGUUACAGCAUCAAUGGCUACAAUAGCAAUGGCUACAAUAGCAACGGACAAAAUGGUAAAAGCUACACAGCAAGACGUCGCGUCCUUCCUCUUACUCCUUCAGAUGAAGGCCGGAAGCCAAAUUUUACGAUUCAGUGUUUGAGGAGACAGGACAGUGUAGAUAACAUACCCAUUCCUGGCACCUACCACCAGAACUCGCCUCCCUACAGAGCAAGAGAACGGACCAAUUACAAAUCACGGCGCAGCAGUGCGUCUUCAGCAUCGUCAGCUUUGUGGGCGAACAACCAGGCGGCACAGCGAGGCUGCCCGCUUUAUGCACCUCUCAUACUGGUGGACGGUGCAGGGGACACAAGAGCCAUGUGGGGCGAUUUCAACACCAGCGCCAGCCUGCCGGCCUCUGCCCGGCCCAGGUGGCAUGUAGGUCUGGAGGGAUCUCCCACAUCCCAGCAGCAGUGGCUGUAUCAUAGCCAGACUCUGCCCAACCAGCAUGGCACUGGCUACUUGGAGAAAGGAAGUGCCGACAGCUUAGUGGAGUCGAUCCUCAUAUCUGAGGGAUUGGGACUUUACGCCAAAGAUCCAAAAUUCGUGGACUUCGCAAAACGUGAGAUCGCCAGUGCAUGCCACAUGAGCCUGGAUGAGAUGGAGACCGCAGCGGCCGAUUUGUUGUGUCGAACUGUGAGCCAGCCAGCUGGAUCUUUUGAGGAGGAUCUGUCUGGAGAAAUGAACUGUAUGAAUUCAUACUGAGGGUUUUCAGCUAGUGAGAGUGAGAGAAAAAGAGACAGGAGGACAGACAUAUGAAAGGGAAAGAAAACAGGAGACAUACAGGAAAGCAAGCAAUUAAAUCGGUGAGAGUGAGUUCUCUGUGCUACUCCAGGAGAUUCACUCCAGUGUCAUCACCUGUAUUUUUCUAAAGGUUUGAUGAUUUUCAUGAGAGUUUUUAGAUCUGAAUUUGGGUUAGAGUUAAGGUUUUCAGAUGAUGUCUACUAUUCGGGUUAGGGUCAGGGUUUUAGGAUAAUCAAAGCAGAUUUGCCAGCCUUAUGGCACAGUACUGCUUGACGCUUGUCAGAUGUUAUUAGGUAAACAAUCCUGCUGACCAAUUUCUGGUGACACAAUUUAUUCAUCAUCAUAACAAUUAUGGUGAGCUUUGUUUCUUUUUUGUCUUGUUUUUUUUUUCUUAUCAAAUCAGUUACAUGUAUUUAAAAUCUCUGCAUAAAGCAAAUCAUGACAAUGUGUGCAGAUUAUGUGCUCCACAAACUUUCCAGAUGCAAUUAUUGAACCUACUAUAUCAUGAAUUCAUGUGAGUUUAUUCCAAGAAUGCUGGUCAUUGUUUUUUUACAUACAUCACAGUUUUCUAUAGGACUGCUGUUGCGCUCUCAGAAGCAGCCAUAGUCCAACUUAAGUAAACCUGUUGACCCCUUAGGAUUUAACUGAUAAAGGAAAAAAUUAUUUGUGUAUUACUUAGGGAGUGAAAUGUCCAAGUCAGCACUGUCAGCUUUUAUUGUUGUAUCAUUUUUGGUCUUCAAAGCAUAGUAAAAAGUGGU